AUGCUGAAAGCAUAUUAUGUGGGUGACUCUCCAGACAGCUCCUCAGGUAAGCCGGUCCAUUCCGCCGUCUCCAGUGUGGCUGCGGUGGGGAUGAAGUCUGGCUGGGACCUAGAGGAGGAUCAGGAGGACGGGUUGGUGCUACGCCAUACGUUACAGCAGUUGUGGAAGAGACGUUUCCUAGCUGCUGCAGUGUGUCUGGGGCUGCUGUGUGUUCUCCUACUGGCUGGGAUCAUAGGCCUGUUACUCUACCAGAGAGACCAGUUACAGACCAGUUAUAACACCCUGACCAAAGAGAGAGACCAGCUACAGACCAGCUACAACAACCUGACCAAAGAGAGAGACCAGCUACAGACCUCUAAUGAAUAUGCCACAUGUCCCCAAGACUGGAAGAAGUCUUGCUGCAGUUGUUACUACAUCUCCCCUGAUGAGAAAACGUGGGAAGACAGCAGAAAGGACUGUCAGGCGAGAGAAGCAAACCUGGUGAUCAUCGACAGCAGAGAGGAACAGGCUUUAAUCAAAGCGUUCAAUAGAAGAGCCUGGUUUGGUCUGACUGACAGAGAAGUUGAGGGAACCUGGAGAUGGGUGGAUGGCACACCACUGAACACAAGUUACUGGAACAAAGGGGAGCCAAAUGAUUUGCAAGGAGAAGACUGCGCUUUGGUUGACAACACUCAACAGGACCCAGUAGUGGCUUGGAAUGAUGUGCCAUGUGACCACAAAAAUGGUUGGAUCUGUGAAAGGCAGGUGUGUUAA